AUGCCCGCUUCCGUGCAGCCAUGCCCCGCUGAGUUUCUUGCCUCCAACCCUCCCCCGCUCUGGCUCACUCUCUACCACCUAGUCACCCGCCUCCCUGACACUCUGCGGGGUGUUCCCCCUCCCCCCUGCUCCCCUCUGUCCGCCUCUGCUGCUGCUGUCGACCUCCUUGGUGCUGAGCAGGUCGGCUCUGCGUCCGCUCCCAGCGGGCGCCGCAGCGGCAAGGGCAGGGGAGGCAAGGGCGGUGGGGGUGACGGCGGGGGAGGCGGUGGUGGGGGUGGUGGCGGCGGUGGGGGGGUGGCGGGGCUGGAGGGGCUAGUGGCAGUGGUGGGGGUGGUGGAGCAGCGCGGCGGAAGUGGCCGGGGUGGGGGCGGUGGUGGUGGCGGCAGUGGACGUGGAGGCGGCAGAGGCGGUGGUGGUCGUGGUGGAGGCGGUGGUGGUGGUCGUGGAUGCUCUGGCACUGGCCAGAGCGCGCAGCACCCCUCAGUCCUCCCAGGAGCUUCUGGAGAGGAGGACCAGUACUUGUGUGUUCCGCCUGACCCAGGCAUCCGCACUUGUGAGGCUGCAGCCCUAGGUGCUUGCGUGUCUGCUGCCCCAGUUGCUAGUGAGGCUACUGCUCUAGGUCAGCUGUCUGCCCCUUGCUCGUAUCGCUCUCUAGCGCACAAGACUGUCCUCUGGCACCACCGACCUUGGUCCCCCGUCAGUGCAGCGCCUCCGGGCAUGCACUCCCGGUACUUGUCUCUGGUCUUCCUCGGGUACUCCCUCCCCUCCCACCCUCCCUUGCUCCUCCUUGUCUUCCUGUGUCGAGGGGCGGCAGCGCGCUGCCCCUCACUCCUCCUCGUUCCCACCGACGACUGCUCCUUUGCAGACGCUCCACAUGGACGUGUGGGCCCAGCCCGCGUCCGUGGUCAGGGCCAGGAGAGGUACUUCUUGAUCGUCGUUGACGACUACUCGCGCUACACACCACGGUCCUUCCCCUUGCGCACCAAGCUCAACCUCUGGCCCCGUGUCCCUCUCCGCUCCGGAGACCUCGCCCACACUGCUGUGGACGGGGGAGGUUGGCGAUGCGUCCGCUUCCGUGUCUGGGGAUCCCGAGCUUUUGUUCGCGACACGUCUGCGGACAAGCUCUCCUCCCGCACUGCUCCCUGUGUCUUUCUUUGCUUUGUCCCGGAUGCGUCUGGCUGGCAGUUUUACCACCCCGCCUCGCACCGCGUCUUCCCCUCUCAGACGUCACUUUUGACGAGUCCGUGCCCUUCUACCCGCCUCUUCCCCUACCGCACUGCCCCGCUCUCUCCCCUGCCUCUCUUCCUCGCGCCAGGUGCUUGCAGUGGUAGACCCCCUUCUCCUCAGGGUGCCGCUCCCUCAGGUGUCUCUCAGGUAGACCCGGUUGAGCCUGCCGAGGUAGCGGUCGACUCGCGUCCUGCUAGAGGUGCUGAGCCUGAGCGUGCGGAGCCUGAGCGUAGCGGAGCCUGCGCGGGCGGAGCCUAG